AUGACCUCCGUUGCUGAUUUAGAGACUGGUGGUCCCAUUGACUCAGUUCCUACUUCGGGUUCUGAGUUUCCUUUCAAUGAUAAGUACUGUCCCAACUCAAGACAAACCUUGCGUAUUGCUAUCAAUUUAAAAAAACUCAUUGAUCGAAUUAUUCCAAUUGUUUUCCCAACUCAUGAAGUUACUGCAUCAUUAUCGCCAAUUUUAAAUGAAAAUGUCAUGAAAAUUGUUUAUAAAGCCGCAGGGGGUAAAGGAAAUGGUGAAAAGGGUACUUCAUCAUAUAAAUAUAGAGCAGUAUUAGUUUUCGCUUUAUUAAAAGUUACUGACUGGUAUUGGCAAUUAUCAGCUACCGAAUUAUCAAGUAAUGAACUUUAUUCUUUAAGGGCUAUUGCUGCACAAACCAUUGCUGCUAAUAUCAUCGAAGAAACUAAGGACGAUGAGUAUUUAUUCUUAGGUAUGUUAUGCCAUCGUUAUACUAUUAAUUUAACUGAAGUUGAUAGUCAUCCGGUUAGUGCUUUGGAAUUGGCUGUUGAUAUGCAUUCGACCAUUGUCAUUGGGUCCAGUGGUUACCAGCGUUGUAUUAAAUGGUUAUGGAGAGGUUGGAUCGUUCAAAGUUCCACCGAUCCUCAUUCUUAUGUUCGUUAUAAAGGGGUUUCAUCCCAUUCAAUUAAAACUCACUUUGAUCCGGCAAGAAUUAAAACUCCAUAUUAUCAAUCCAUUUUAGAAAUCGGAUUCAGUAUCAUCUAUUUGAUAAUUUUUUCAAUCAUUGUUAAUGGACAUCAAUUGGCUACUCCUUUAGACGGAUUUGAAAUUUGUUUCUACUUGUUCACUUUAGGUUCUGUUUUAGAUGAAAUCAUUAAAGUCUAUCACGUUGGUUAUAAUUAUAUUGGUUUUUGGAAUGCUUUCAACGCCAUUAUGUAUUCAAUUAUCAUUGUUUCCAUUGGUUUCCGUUUUGCUAGUUUGGAUGCAAAAGGAUUAACUAGCCAACGUUACGACGAAAUAUCCUUCCGUAUCUUAUCGUGUGCAUCUCCCCUUAUGUGGUCUCGUCUUUUACUCUUUUUAGAUGCUGAACAAUUUGUUGGUGCCAUGAUUGUCGUUAUCAAAACCAUGAUGAAAGAAUCAAUAUUAUUCUUUGUUCUUUUAUUCGUUGUUAUUGUUGGUUUCUUACAGGGCUUCCUUGGUUUAGAUGCUUCAGAUGGUAAAAAUGAAGCGACCAAAAAAAUCUUCAUUUCUUUAAUUAAAGCAGUCAUUGGUGGUUCUUCUUUUAAUGAUGUGGCUAAAUUAGUUCCUCCCUAUGCUUCAAUUUUAUACUACAUUUAUUCAUUUGUUCUCCUGGUUAUUUUAAUGAACAUCUUGAUUGCAUUAUAUUCAACUGCUUAUGCGUCAAUUGUUGAAAACGCUACCGAUGAAUACUUUGCCUUGGUUGCGCAAAAAACUUUAAGAUAUAUUAGAGCUCCAGAUCAAGAUUUAUACGUUCCUCCUUUGAACUUAAUCGAAGUCUUAAUCACUCCAUUUUCUUGGGUCCUCUCUAAAAGAGCUUUCAAAAGCAUGAACUACUACAUCAUGCUUGUCAUCUAUUCUCCUUUGUUAACUUAUAUUACCAUUGACGAAUUAUCUAAUGCUAGAAGAAUUCAAUAUAAUCGUUUCAAAGGUGUUCCAGAUGACGCUAAUGAAUUAGACACCGAAUGGGACUUAACCGACGGUUAUGACGUCGAUGCCAAUAGCGGCUGGGAAGGUAUCCAAGAACGAAACAGUGAGGUCAACACCGCUUUAAGGGAUCAAAGAGAAGGUGAAUUACUCGAUCCUGAAUUCAGACAUAACUUAGAAGGUUUAGAUGAACAAAUCGAUACCGUGGCCAAGCCCGUCGAAAAGGCAAAUAGGUUGGGGAUCAAAUGGGAAUUCAUUGAGCUUUAUGAAAAAAUUGACCACUUAACUUCCCUUGUUGAAACCGUAGUGGAUGAAAAUAAAGCUUUGAAAGCUAAAUUGGAUAAUAAUUGA